AUGUAAUCGAUGUCUACGAGUCCAGCAAAGAUGCGGAAAUCAUUGCUGGUUACGUAAUGUUCUUAGCGCAGACUCAGUGCAAGUGUUUUGCGAGUAGGCAGUAUUUCCGGAAGACAAGCGAAAUGAUUGUAAAGUAACUGGUUAUAUUUGCCCACAUUUAUGAGGGAAAAAAAGUAAUAUACGCCUUUACUGUGUAAAAUACACGUAUUCGCUGGAAGUAUGUACUUUAGUUGAGGGCUACAAAUGAGGAAACAGCGGAAAAAGUAGGUAAACUUUACCGGUAGCUUGAGCUACGGCUUCUUUAUCGCUAAAGCCAGUCGCCGAGAGAAAGCAACACUUGGACACGUCAGGUAUCAGGUGGAUGAGAGACCGAAUCAUGAGAUUUACAGGCCCAAUGCGAGCUGUGGCAGUGCUGCUGUUGGUGGGACUCACCUGGCUGCUGGCAAACACCUUGUUUGGAGGAGGAAGCGGUUCAUUUGUGCACCAUUUCUUCAAUAGUGUUUCAGGUGAAAGUCGGGAACCAACACCUGCUGAAGUGCGACCACGGCGCUAUAAAUGUGGCCUUUCAGCACCAUGCCCCACCAAACACCUGGCCUUCCGUCUGGUAUCUGGAGCUGCCAAUGUCAUUGGGCCCAAAAUAUGCCUGGAGGAUAAGAUGUUAUUAAGCAGUGUGAAGAACAACAUUGGGCGAGGACUAAACAUCGCUUUGGUGAAUGGGGUUACUGGGGAACUUCUGGAUACAAAGAGCUUCGACAUGUGGGCAGGAGAUGUUUCGGACCUGUUGAAGUUCCUGCGGCCUCUCCAUGAGGGAACGCUGGUAUUUGUGGCCUCUUUUGACGAUCCAGCUUCAAAGUUGAAUGACGAGUCUCGGCGACUGUUUGAGGAGCUUGGAAGCACGGUUGUGAAGGAACUGGCUUUUCGGGACAGCUGGGUGUUUGUUGGCGCCAAGGGCAUCGAGAAUAAGAGUCCGUUUGAGCAGCGUAUGAAGAACAGUAAGAUUGGCAACAAGUACGAAGGUUGGCCCGAGUCUCUGGAGAUGGAUGGCUGUAUUCCCUUGAGGCCACCCCUGGAAAGUUAAUUCAGUCCUCGUCCUGUGAGGUAACUGGUUGAGUUACAUCUGACUGACUGUUUGAAAGCUCUGGAGCUAUGACUGAAACCAUCCUAUUUUCUCUCGUGGCUAAGACAUGAGUAAACCUGACAUAUGAAGUACUAAAUGUAGAAAUGGUUAUGAAAGACUUUCCGAGUUUGUGAUCCAUGUUUGAGCGAAAGUAAUAUAGAAGCCAUUUGAGUGUGAGAUUCUUAAAGGGAAACUUCAGGGGUGAAUUGCAUGAUGACAAGUGAAACAAACAUGAAGCUGGAGUAGGUCUUCCGAAGCUGUUCAGAGAAAGUGAAUAGAUUUCCUCUUUGAUAGAAAGCUGCAAAAGUUCUAGAAACUUGCACCGUGUCCUACGUUCUCCCAAAACUCAUGAAGGCAAUGAGUAAACAUAAUCAGCUGAAGAAACAUUUGCGGUACUGCAGAAGCUUAAAUGUAAACACCAUAUUUUAUAUUCACUCUAAACAUUUAAUGCUGUGACAAUUAUUUCUGUGAAAUUAUACAUAAUAGUAGCAGCCAUUGUUUUCUUAGAACCCAAUGCACUACCGUACUGUUUACAAACGUCGCUUUACAAUUCAGUUGUUUGACUUUGAUAUAAACGACAGUGGUACCUUGGUUAAAAAAAAAAAAACUUGGGAAAAAAAUUGCCAAAAAUAUGUCGUGGUUUUUGAACAUUAUGCAUCAUAUCAUUAUGCAUCAUCGAAUGCCUCUGUAGUUCUUUUCUAACUAACAGUUGGACUUUUUUAUUGAGUAUGGCUGCAAAAUAACGCACCAUCGGGCCAAAAAAAGUUGCGAGUGCCAGCACUUUGACAAAGGUGAGAAACACAGAAACAAAUAUUAAAAAAGAAGUCCUAGAAAAACACGAAGGUGGUGUCCAUAUGGCUCUCCCUUCCCCUCCUCCCUCUUCGCUCAUCGCCGUCUUUGCCAACAAGCGUCUACACUAAAGGUAAAAGUGAUGUUAAAUGUCAAUUUAUCCAUUUGAUUUGUAUUUGUAUCUGUAUUUCACAUUGUUUUUGGCAUGUAAAACUAUAAUUAUUCUCAAAAUGUGUUUUGUGUCAAUAUUUUUGGGUGUCAAUAUUAUGGAAAAAAUGAAUUUGGUUUUUACAGUUACUUUUUCGGCUGACCCUUUGGAACAGAUUAGUAAUGAAAACCGAGGUACCGCUGUAUUUAUCAUAAUGCACAACACAGGAAGUUUGUCAUGUGAGUUUGGUGCAACACUGCUCCAAAUUUUAAUAAUAUCUGAUGCUGGUUUGUAUUUGUCCACUGUGUUGUUGUUUGUUUGACAAUGUCGCAUAUAUGUGUGAUUUUUUUAAAUUUUUUUUUUAUGUUGAAUGUAUCUACAAUGUCUCAUGUGUUAGAAUUAUUUAAAUGCACAGAAAUAAUAUUAUUGCUGUUUAAUAUGUAUGGCAAGAAGCAUCUGGUUUUGUCUGCAUUUAUGUGAUGACAGUUUUAUACAAAGCUUUGUUUGUGGAAAAAAAUGUUUCUCAAUAAAAUAAUU